AUGUUUAGAAUUGCCGGGUUGUCGAAAUCACUGCUCCGCGGCCCUCUCGCCGUGGGCCGUGCGAACAUAAUGGUACCAAAAUAUGCAGGUUUCGCGCAAUCCGCGCUCAGGUUCCAUGGCCAUGUACACAAGCCCAAACCGGGCGAAGAGCUGCACGUUACGUUCAUCCUCAAGGACGGCUCACAGCGGCAGUACGAAGUGUCGGCGGGGGACACGCUCUUGGACAUCGCACAGGCCAAUAAUCUGGAAAUGGAAGGUGCGUGCGGAGGUUCCUGCGCAUGCUCAACAUGUCACGUGAUUGUGGAUCCAGACUACUACGACGCGCUUGAAGAGCCGGAUGACGACGAGAACGAUAUGUUAGACCUAGCCUAUGGUCUGACCGAGACCAGCAGGCUGGGCUGCCAGAUUAAAAUGAGCAAGGACAUUGACGGCAUUAGGGUCGCGCUGCCGGCCAUGACCAGAAACGUGAGCAACACGGACUUUGACUAA